ACAGGCUGUUUUAAAGACAGGGAGGGACUUAGCCUUGCCGGCUUGACCGGCAUGUGGAAGGAGAGCUCUCAUGGCUGCAAUAACUUAGGGAGAGCUCCUACCUGGGUGUCGCUUGGGGUAGGAAGGUUUCUGUUUGUUUUGUCCGGUUUCCGAGGGUCCCGUGUGUUUCUCCCGCCUGUGUCAACGUGACUCUUGGUGGGUUUUGCACACCCUGCCCUGUGGGGGAGUGCCCCAACGUGCCUGUCUUAUGUGGCCUCUAUGGACACACUGCCCGGCUGGCAGAGAACGGGGAAGUUUUCUCCCAGCACCCAAAAAGAGAAAGAGGAAACUACUUUUUCCUUCUGGGCUUCUUGCAGCACAAUAGCUCAGGAUAAGCUUCCACAUUCCCGCCCUGGAUUUUUCUGGACUGCUUUCCAGGAAGAAGUUAAAACUUCAUCUUUAAAUGGAUGAGUAUGUCACAAUCAGGAAGAAACAUCUCCAAAGACCCAUCUUUAGACUAAGAUGCUUAGUGAAGCAGCUGGAGAAAGGCGACGUCAACGUCGUCGACCUAAAGAAGAAUAUCGAAUAUGCGGCAUCCGUGCUGGAGGCAGUUUAUAUCGACGAGACAAGAAGACUUCUUGACCCUGAAGAUGAGCUCAGCGACAUUCAGACUGACUCAGUCCCAUCAGAAGUCCGGGACUGGUUGGCUUCUACUUUUACGCGGAAAAUGGGGAUGAUAAAGAAGAAACCUGAGGAAAAACCCAAGUUUCGAAGCAUCGUCCACGCUGUUCAGGCUGGCAUUUUUGUGGAAAGGAUGUACAGGAAGAGUUACCACAUGGCUGGUCUGUCCUAUCCUGCAGCCGUCAUAACGACGCUCAAGGAUGUUGAUAAAUUCUUUGACGUAUUUGCCUUAAAUGAAGUGAGCGGCGAGCAUAGUCUGAAGUUUAUGAUUUAUGAACUGUUUACCAGAUACGACCUUAUCAACCGCUUCAAGGUCAGGAACUUCAACUAUUCCGUUUCUUGCCUAAUUGUUGCAGAAGCUUUAGAAGUUGGUUAUAGCAAGCAAAAAAUCCAUAUCACAAUUGGUUCUGCAGCUGAUGUCACUCAAACCGUGCAUUACAUCAUGCUUCAUACAGGUAUCAUGCACUGGCUCUCGGUACUGGAAAUUUUAGCCAUGGUUUUUGCAGCUGCCAUUCAUGAUUUCGAGCACACAGGAACAACAAAAACAACUUUCAACAUUCAGACGCGGUCAGACGUUGCCAUUCUGUACAACGACCGCUCAGUGCUCGAGAAUCACCACGUGAGUGCGGCCUAUCGGCUUAUGCAAGAGGAGGAAAUGAACAUCUUUGUAAAUUUAUCGAAGGAUGACUGGAGGGAUCUUCGGAACUUAGUGAGAAUGGUGUUAUCUACCGACAUGUCAGGCCAUUUCCAGCUAAUUAAAAACAUAAGAAACAGCUUGCAGCAGCCUGAAGGGAUCGACAGAGCCAAAACCAUGUCCCUGAUACUCCAUGCAGCCGAUAUCAGCCACCCAGCCAAGACUUGGAAGCUGCAUUACAGGUGGACCAUGGCCCUAAUGGAGGAGUUUUUCCUGCAGGGAGACAAAGAAGCUGAAUUAGGGCUUCCAUUUUCUCCACUCUGUGAUCGGAAGUCUACAAUGGUUGCCCAGUCUCAAAUAGGUUUCAUUGAUUUCAUAGUGGAGCCAACAUUUUCUCUCCUGACAGACUCAACAGAGAAAAUUGUUAUUCCUCUUAUAGAGGAAUCCUCAAAACAGGAGUCUUCUAACUAUGGGGCAAGCAGCUCGUCCACCAUGGUUGGGUUCCAUGUUGCUGACUCCCUGAGACGGUCAAAUGUGAAAUGUGCUCUGAGUGACGGGAGCUGUCCUCCAUACCACUCUCUGUCCGCCGUGGACCUGAAGAGUUUCAAAAACAACCUGGUGGACAUCAUCCAGCAGAACAAAGAGAGGUGGAAAGAGCUAGCUACUCAAGGUGAGCUUGAUCUUCAUAAGAACUCGGAAGACUUAGGAAAUGUUGAAGAAAGAUGUGCUGACACCCAUCCAUAAGUCUGAACAAACUUUAAGAGUUCAGUUGUUUUAAACAUAAGAGGGAAACGAAAGCAGCACAAAACCCAUGAAAAGUCCUUGACUUUCUAAAAAAAAAAAAAACCUUAUAGUCUCUUCUUUGAACAUACAUUGGCUCAGGCCAUUUUAGUGGACUUCUCUGUAAGGAAUGAGAGCAUAAAUUUCAGUCUAAUAAAUGCGCAAAGAAGUACCCGUGGAUUGUGACUAGGAUUCUGGCCACUGUUUCUGCCACUGUUUUCCAUCCCUAAUUCAAUCAUCUUCAAUCAAGUCAGAGAAGAAAUCUUUAAGACUGAAAGUCGAACAGUUUCAAAGGUUUAUCACUUUCAACUUGUGCGGAAGGCGAGCCAUUUCCCAACGCACUUCUUGCAUUUGUCACUCAGUGUGCUGCUACGGUUUAAACGGAGAACCAAGUCAAAACCAACCCAAAACGAUGGAAAACGGGGUUUCCUCGCAAGGCACGGGAACAGGAGAAUCGAGGUUGCUCGGUUGUUUGUGAAGUCCCCGCAGGAACUGACCAUGACAGCUGCCACACAGUGACUGGAUGUACACCGCUGGGAAGCAAUAGUGCCGCCUUCUGCUGAAGACGGAAGAUCACCCUGUUACCAUCCCUGUGGUUUUAAAGCACUAAUGUGUACCCCUUGCGUGUGGUCACAUUGCAGGUCACAGCUUGCUCUCGAUGUAACAAGGAGCAUCAGUCAUGGCGGGAGACAGGCACUUGAAGGGAAAACAGCGCUUCCCUUCUGGGACUUGAUCCCAUUAGGAUAUAAAAAUAUAUUACAGGCCAACGGAUAAGAGGGGAGAGAGAGAGAGAGAGAGAGAGAGAGAGAGAGAGAGAGAGAGAGAGAGAGAGAGAGAGAGAGAGAGAAUUUUGUGUGUGUGUG